AGAUACAAAUUCGACGAUGUAUUUUUCACAACAGACGCCAAAAUUUAGGAGAAGAAAGAGAGGGGUCUCAGCCUACAUACGGAGAAAUUGGUGGAAGAAAAGGUGAAUCAAAGACGAACGUCAAAGCUUUUUCAGAUCCUGAUCGGAUUCGACCUCAAAGGUAUAAAUGUGGCCUCUACAUAUCCUUUUAAACAAGCUACUAAAAGUCGAAGGACAUGAUGAUCGUGAAGAAGUACACAAUAUGAGUUUUGCUGAACCAUACGAUUCAAAACCAUCAUUGAAAAAUAGGAACGUCAACAAAACAGUAUUGGGCCACUCGCACUUUGUUGAAGUCCCACAUAUAAAACAGUUACGAUCAUGGGAUUGUGGUCUUGCAUGUGUUCUGAUGGUUUUGAGAACACUUGGUCUCAACCAUUUUGAUAUUCAAGAUUUAGAGGAUCUGUGUUGUACAACCAGUAUUUGGACAGUGGAUCUGGCAUAUUUAUUGCAAAAGCUUUCCAUUAGAUUCUCAUAUUUCACAGUAACUUUAGGUGCCAAUCCAGAUUUUUCAGUGGAGACGUUUUACAAGGAGCAAUUGGCUACUGAUAUCAAGAGAGUAGAUAUGUUAUUUCAGAGAUCAGUAGAAGAGGGAAUAAAAAUAGAGUUCAGGUCAAUUAAGGGAGAAGAAAUCAUCUUUUUAAUCCUAUCAGGAAAAUAUGUUGUGAUUGCCUUAGUUGACCAGUGCAUUUUGAGCAAGUCUUGGAAGGAGGAUGUUCAUAUGCCACAGUUUUAUAAUGGCACUGCAGCAUACACAGGUCAUUAUGUUGUGAUAUGUGGCUAUGAUGCUCAUAAUGAUGAAUUUGAGAUCCGAGAUCCAGCCAGUUCUAGGAAAAGUGAUAGGAUCUCAUCCAACUGCUUGGAAGAAGCUCGUAAAUCCUAUGGCACAGAUGAAGAUAUCCUUCUGGUAUCAUUGGUAGAUACAGACAAUUAAAACAGGAAUUUGAUGAAUAUUUUUUCGUGGAUAAUUGGUCUGACUAUGUUUGUCAUGUAGAGAGUACAAUUGUUGUUUGAUAUUCGGUUUCUUGAAUAUUGUUGAUGUAUGCAAUUGAUCAUGUAGAGAGAACUUCAUUUGCACAUUAUAAAAUAAGUAUGAUGAGAGUUUGAGUAUGAUUCUUGUAGGAAGAUUUGGUAUGAUGUAUGAAUACAACAAAACUGUAUCAUGUAAUAUGGUUGAUAUAGUGUGUAGAUAAAUCCC